AUGAAAUUCCUUACUUCUUAUGAAUUACAAUGCCUCUUCCUAUCUUGCUGUUUUCUGACUGUACUGUGUGGAUUUAAUCACCGAGUUUUACCGGCCUGUAGUAAAACCAAGGAUGUCUGUAAAUUUGAGUUUGACGUUCGGUACAAAUUCUCCAUGGUGCAUUAUUUUAACGGAUACGCCGCUCCUAUUGUUCUAAGGAACGGAACGUUACUGAAGAGAGGGGUGUAUGACAGCAAAAAGUUCGACCCUCUUACCCCUAAAGAACUGAAUGAAAUUUUGACUGUCGAUGGUGUCUAUAAACUUUUGUAUAGCAUAAAUGGAGAAUUCCCGGCACCUCCUAUAGUAGUAUACGAAGGGCAAGUGAUCGAAGUCAUGGUGAAGAACAGUUUGAUUAAUGAAGGGUUCACAAUUCACUGGCACGGAAUGACGCAGAAAAACACGCCUUGGAUGGAUGGUGUUGCCAUGGUAACCCAGUGUCCAAUUAACCCUGGCAACUCAUUUUUGUACAGGUUUAAGGCUGAACCACGUGGCACCCAUUGGUACCACGCCCAUCAAGGUACCAUGAGGACUGACGGACUGGCUGGUCCCUUAAUUGUCCUCCCACAUGAGGAGCGGUUAGACAUACCGGAAGUGGAGGACGACUUUAUUCUGAUGAUCCAGGAUUGGAACAGGAACACUUCAUCCACAGAAAGUAGUGAAAUCCAACUUUCAAACAUGCACGUAUACAUUAAUGAUUUUAAUUGCACAAAUAACUGCUUUGAACCAACGCACAAAUUAGGAGGGUGUAACAUGGGGGUAAGAAAUACUUCAAAGAGAUUUACGUACAUAUUUUUUACAGGUCAUUUUUAUCCACAUCAUUCAUAUAAACCAUUAUCUCCGGAACUUCCCUUAGAGACAUAUAAGGUAAAACCCGACAAAUACUACCGCUUCCGGGUCAUCAACAGUGCCAUGAUGUUCACUUUCCGGUUCUCGGUAGACGAGCACUUGAUCCAUGUUAUUUCCACCGACGGAAAUGACGUAGAGAUGGAAACUGCGCAGUCAGUAAUCAUUUCCACCGGUGAAAGCUUUGACAUCUUGGUAAAAACGGACGGGAACCCGAAAAGGAACUAUUACAUUCGAGCAGAAACAACAGAAGUGAAAAGCAAACAAAACGACAAAAUAUAUCCCGGAAGGGCUUUGGCUAUACUGAGAUACGAAGAUGCACCCAUGGAUUUGCCAAAAACCACACGCCAUAAAUGUUCUAAAGAGAGAAUGUGUAAAGUCCUCAACUGUCCUUUCCAACUGUACCCUGCUGAUGCUCAUAUCCUGUGCAUGUCAGCUGCUGACUUCCGCUCUACAUCGGAAAUGGUUAGCAAACAUCCGGUUCCACUGCCUCCAAGGGGCGAGAAAAUGCGGGAGGACUUCCUAAACUUUCACUUUUCUGGCAUAAGAGGGUAUCCUGCUAUGGCGGCCAUUAAUGGUCAUAAGUUCCAGUUACCUACCUGUCCCCCACAGAUCAUAUAUGACCCUCCCGCGCGCACCUGUUUUAAUGACUGCCAGGACCACGACUGUGGGGAAUACUGUGAAUGUACUCACACCCUGAAGUACGAUCAGCUGAAUUCGAGUGUUCAGUUGGUUCUUGUUAAUACAGACUCAACAAAUGGUGGAACAAAUCAUCCUGUUCAUAUACAUGGCCAUCACUUCCACAUCCUUAAAAUUGGUUAUGCCGAAGUGGACAAAGAAACUGGAUUAAUUGUACAUGAAUCACCCGACAUAAGAUGUGCAGGGAAAAAUUGUAAAUAUCCGAGCUGGUCACGCGACGAAUGGGCCGGCGGGAAAGUUCCAGGCCUCAAUCUUGAGAAUCCUCCAUUAAAAGACACCGUUGUGGUGCCACGGAAGGGUUAUGUUGUGCUGAGGUUUCAUCUAGAUAAUCCAGGUUAUUGGCUUAUGCAUUGCCAUAUGAAGAGUCACCAACUGGAAGGAAUGACCUUGAUUAUUAGGGAGGGGCGUCAUGCCGAUCAGAAGAAACCUCCCAAAAACUUCCCAACCUGUGGGGAUUUUACGUGGUCAUACAAUGAGUACCAAGAAAUCGUCAAUGGCCCAACAGUUGGAUUAACGCGAUCAUCUAAUGAUAGCACACAAAAUGAAAACAAUACUGGAGCGACUUCAGGAGAUUUAUCUACAUCACCCCUUGGGGAUUUAUCACACACCAUUGUCACAAUCUUUAUAGUCACUAUUUGUAUAACUGGUUUGGUUCUCAUAGUAGUCAUCGUCAAAUCCCCUACACAGAGAGUGGAGUAUCAAAGACUGCCCAGCGGAGGAAUCGAGUCCCUCUCCUCAACCAUGUGUGCAGCGGACAGACAACCCCUCUUGUCCUCUAGACCAAAAGUCAGAGUAAAUGGAAGUAUAAAAUAAAAUUCAUCAAGUAUUUUAUGUUUUUGAUUCUCUGCGUACAAAU